AUGGUUACCGCUCGAGCCAGUGGUGUCAGGAGCCUGCUGUUGGAAUGGCCUGACUGGAGGCCGCCGAACGAGACUUUCAUAGAGAGUGUCGACAGCGUGGUGCCAGAUAUUCACGAGCUGGUAAGGUUUGGGAUUGGCCUGGCCGAUGUCCAGGACACCUUCAGGCAGUUGAGUUCGGUGAAGAAGGUCCGUCUCCCUGGGCAGCUCAACCCCGCAAAUAUUGCUGAGAUGAUCGAUUCUGUCGUCGGCGUUGGUGGGUCCUCCGAGUUUCCAUUGUUGGUGGAUCCCGAUAACCUGGAAGCCGUGGCAUCCGCUCUGGUCCUCUCCACGCUGCUGAAGCCACUGCUCUUGGGCACCCAGGUGCCCGUUCCCUCGGUGCUCUUGAAAGGCUCCAGAGUCGCGGUAGCCACCAAGAUGUCUCUGAUGCUGUGCAGCGAGAAUUGUUUCAGAUCCGAGCACGUUCAAGAAUGGCUGCUUCAAGCCUACCAGGCACCAUCAUGUUGCAUGAUACCAGUGCUUGCUGAGGAUAGUUUUCGAGUGCCUGCCGCCAGUUCCGUGUCAGCCGAGUUUCCCGAAUCGGCUUUGGAUAUAGAAGACCUACAUUUGUAUGGCGUAAUCAUCCGUGUCUUGUUUCAAGACAUUGCCGUCAUCUUCCUUCCGCAGAGCUUCAGCCGCGAGGAUCUUGACCUCCGAGCUCAACAAGCCGCGCGGAGGCUUAGUGCACCACAGGAGACAUUGCAAAGCAAAGUCAUCCGCUUCAUGGACAGCGCCGAUGCACCCACUGCCAAACGGUGGACAGAAGUGCCUCUGACGGCUGAGGACAAUGACACAUCAUAA